GUGAUUUUUUAGGAGCGUGAAUAGCCGUGCACCAAAAAACGAUUACAUUUUAUCACGGUUAUUUAUCAUCUGUAUACGUUUUCCUUGUUGCGGAACUUUGACAUCAGUAGAAACUCGAAGUAGGUUGAUGAUAUUGCUAAGCUAUAAAAACUUUUGAUCGGGAUCCUUGGGGGUUUUAUUCAGCUCAUUUGCGGAGUUUUUGAGUUACUUGAUUUAGCUAACACUGUUUUAGAGGUUUGAUUUGCUGCUUAUCAUUUCAUGGAUGAUGGAGAGUUAGAUUUCUCGAACCAAGUCUUAAAGAAUAUGGAGCAUCAAUUUUUGAGCAGUUGUGCAAUGGAUAGUUUUUUCGAUAAUAUGCUUGAUGAUAGCCAUACACGUAAUCGUACAAAUACUUCCAACCAAUUUGAACAAGAUAUGUCGCAAAAUCCCGAACUACCUCACUCACCAAAUUAUAGCCAUUUCCUCACUCAAAAGCCUCCCGUCGAAGAAAAAACCACUACUGAGGAUACAGAUGAAUCUGUUGACAAAAAAUUCAAAAAACGGCCACAUGGUAAUAGAGAAUCGGUCCAUAAGUAUCGCGAGAGAAAGAAAGCCAGGCAAGCUUCGGUAGAGGACGAGCUUAUGCGAUUGAGAACCGUAAAUCAGCAGUUGUUAAAAAGGUUGCAGGGACUAGUUUCUCUUGAGCAAGAGGUAGAAAGGUUCAAGUGUGUACUUGUAGAAAUCAGGGGAAGGAUUAAAGGAGAACUUGGAUCAUUUCCUUUUCAAAAACCUGCAAACGGUAAUGUUGGUCUCAUUCCUCAAAAAAAAACCCGGGCGUAAUGAUGUGAAUCAGUGCGGCAAUCAAUACCCUGGACUGGGUAACAAUUUAGGAUUUCAGUAGUUUAUCGAGUUUGGAAAAUCAAAUGCGAGGUUUACUACUGAUGAUCUUUAUACUUCCGCUGCUGCCAAGAAGCGAACAGGAAAGAGCUUAAACAAAUGUUUGAAUAUACAACCAAGUUGAAAAGGUGUUUGAUCAUCCAAUUGCUUUACUGUCGAUGUUACUUCUUUGUUAUUUUCAUUGUAAUGUGUAUAAUGUAUCAAACUAAAGCUAUU